AUGUACAGAAAUGUACCAGCGCAUGGUUCAUUUGUACUUCACGAUCGAUCAUCUUUAUUAUCAUCGGCUCUUCUCACGCAUCCAUCACAUUUGAAUCGUGAUGUUUUAAUUAGUUUUGUCCAUAUCGCUCCGAAUUUUAUUAUACGAGCAUUAUAUCAACAACUCAAUGUUGAACAACGUUUAAUUGUUGAUAAAUAUAUGAGUAAUAGCAUAAAAACAGGAAAACAACAACAACAACAACAACAACCACCAUUACAACCAGUACCAGACACAGAACCAGUUAUUCGUUCAUAUAUUUUAUCAGAAACAUAUAAUCGUUCAACACCGUUCAUUCAUGUUUUGAUAGCUUCUACUCGACCUCAUUUGCAUCAGAUAAAACCGUUUUGUGCCGUUGUGAGUGCCGUGAAUGGUCAACAGUUUUAUGAGACAAGUGCAUGUUUUAUUCAACCAAAAUUAGGCUAUUGUCUCGUUACAUUACCCACUAUCAAAACAAAUGAUAAUUUAAAUCAUACAAAAAUUAUGGAACUCUAUCUAAAGCUUCAUCAUGUAACAUAUCAAAAUGAAUGUUUAUCUGAUCAUACUCCAAAACAAGAGCAUUUUCAUUCUGAACAACAUAUUGGUAAAGUGGAUUAUUUGAAUGACAAUGUUGUCUAUGAUACACUCAACACACACUCGUCACUAAUUACUAUUGAUUAUCCAACAGGAUUAUUUUAUCCAAAUUGGUUAUUCGAUUUGAAAUUAAAAUUAAAAUUAAAUAAAUAUUCAAAAUUUCUAACAAUAAGGUAA